AACCUCAUGAAUUAAAAAAGUCAGAGAAAAUGUCCCCUUUCAGGUCAUCCUAGCUCAACUGGAAGGAGAUCAGAGGAGCUAGCGACCUCUUGCAUGGGGGACAGUAUGUCACCAACAGGCUCCUGCAGCCUGUGGAACAUCCAACGGCACCGGUGAGAUCUGCUCCCUCUCGCUGUCUCCAUCUACCUCCUCGCAUCUGUCCCCACUCAUGGCCACACCAUUCCACAGAAAUGCAAGUCUCUCGGCAGUGUCUGUGCAGGAGUUCGUGCUGGUUGGUUUUGGGGGAGGUGCAGAGACCCAAGCCCUGCUCUUUGCUGUCUUCCUGGCCCUGUACAUUGUGACCAUGCUUGGCAACCUCACCAUGAUCGUGGUCAUCACCCUGGAUGCCCGCCUGCACUCCCCCAUGUACUUCUUCCUCAAGAACCUGUCCUUUGUCGACCUCUGCUACUCCUCUGUCAUUGCCCCUAAUGCCCUGGCCAACUUCUUUUCCUCCUCCAAGGUCAUCAGCUUUGAGGGCUGUGCCACACAGCUCUUCUUUUUCUCUUUAUUGGCUACCACUGAGGCUUUCCUCUUAGCCGUGAUGGCCUAUGACCGUUUCAUGGCCAUUUGCAGUCCUCUGAGGUACCCUGUGACUAUGUGCUCUAUGACCUGUGUUCGUCUGGUUCUGGGUACCUACUGUGGAGGCUGCCUGAACUCCAUCGUGCAGACCAGCCUCACAUUCCAGCUGCCCUUCUGCAGUUCCAACCGCAUCGACCACUUCUACUGCGACGUGCCCCCACUGCUCCAGCUGGCCUGUGCAGACACAGCUCUCAAUGAACUCCUUCUCUUCGGCCUCUGUGGGUUCAUCAUUGUGAGCACCACGUUAGCUGUCCUGGUCUCCUAUGGCUACAUCACAGUGACCAUCCUCAGGAUGCACUCAGGAUCCGGGCGGCACAAGGUCUUCUCCACCUGUGGCUCUCACCUGACGGCUGUGUCCUUGUUUUAUGGAACUGUGUUUGUCAUGUAUGCACAGCCAGGAGCAGUGGCAUCCAUGGCACAGGGCAAGGUGAUAUCUGUCUUCUACACCCUGGUCAUCCCCAUGCUCAACCCCCUCAUCUACAGUCUGCGCAACAAGGAUGUGAAGGACGCCCUGCAGAGGCUGGGUCAGAGACACAGCCUUGUGGAGAAAGGAGGCAAGUAG